AAUAUAUUCACCACACAACAACAACAACAACAGAAUCAAGAACCUAGCUAAAGAACAUCCAUCACUCUGCUUUUUUUUUUUUUUCUUGUACACUAAAAAUUCCUUUGAAAGAGUCAUUUUUUUUUAAUUAUUAAGUUACAAGAUGAAGAUGAGCAGCAGCAACAACAACAGCAGAAUGGGAGGUUCCAAGAAGAAGUUAAUUUCAAGCAGAGGACUUGGAGGAGUCCUUAGAGAACAAAGAGCCAAGCUUUACAUAAUUAGGAGAUGUGUAGUCAUGCUCCUUUGCUGGAAUGAUUGAAAUUAAUUCUUUUUAACAAAAUUGGCUUAUGGCCUUAUAGGGUACUCAUCAAUUGGAAGUGUACAGAGCAACAUAUUAGGUAGUUUUUCUUUUGAUAAUUUUGUAUACUAAAUUUAGGCCCAUGAGGCCUCUUGUAUACAGUGAAUAGGUUCAAUCAAAUACAAUACUAUUAGUUUUGGUUGAAGUUUCUAAGUACAAAUUUACCCUCUUUCCAACACUUCAAUUUAAUGUUGC